CCUGAUUGUGUACGUUGAGAUAUCUGCUUGUUACCUUUGAGGAAAAUGUGUUGAAUACAGUGAAUUAUUCAGCUGAGAAAUGAGUGAUAUCCGACACUCACUGCUGCGGCGGGAUCCGCUCAGCGCGGCCAAGGAGGUGCUGUACCAUAUGGACAUUUCGCUGGGUAGCGCGCUACAGAGCUCAGGGGCCGGCGCUCCGGUUCUGGAUAAGAGUACCAUCGACCUGGUGGAGGAAUUCAUCUUCCAUGUUCCCAAGGAUAGGAGCGUCCCACCAAAAAGGAUGAGCUGUGUACAGGAGUUGCAGUUGCUGGAGAUCAUGUGCAGCUAUUUCCAGGAGCAGAGCAAAGAUGCAGUUCGUCAAGUCAUAUUCUCCGCCCUCUUCAGUCUCCAAGGAAAUAAAGCCGAUGAAAGCCGCAUGGCAAUGCUGGGCAAACUGGUCUCCAUGGCAAUAGCUGUGUGCCGGGUGCCCAUCUUGGAGUGUGCAGCCACAUGGUUACAGCGAUCCCACUCGGCAUGGUGUGUGCGCUUGGCGCGCGUGUUGGUGGAUGAUUACUGCACACUGGUUCCGUCUUCUUUCUCCACCUUGCAAAACAUCUGUUCGGCCAGCCCCCGCUUCUGCUGUCAGCUCAUUACUGCUGUUACGGCUCUCUACGACAUGUCCUCAGAGGAUAUGACUCCGCCCCCUUCCCUGUUGGAGAUGGUGGUUGGCUGGGUCACUGAGGACCCUCGGCUCCUCCUGCUCACCUUGAUUAACAUGCCCCUUGGCACCAGCCUGCCACUGGGUGGCCUUGAUGUUACGCCCCUUAUGGGGUUGCUUCGCUGGUGUGUGAAAGCUCCACUGGCCUAUCAGAGGGGAAGAAAACUGUCUUUGACCAAUGGGCACGGAGAACAGGAGAAAGGGGUGGGAUGUGAGGAGUUGUACUCCAAACUGCACCUGAGUGUCCUUCAGGUCUUCCUCAUGCUUCAGGUCCACCUCACAGAGCAGAACCUUUUGGGUCGACUGGCCGUACUGCAGCUGGAGUCGGUGGCGGUUCUCAUGGAGGAAGUGAGCCGUCUUGUGGAGGAGCUGAACCCGCUCCAUGCCGCCAGCCACAUACAGCUGGCUCUGGACAGGCUGGCUCAGGCCUUGCAGGUUGCUAUGGCAACCGGAGCCUUGCUGUGCACCAGAGAGGACUUGCGAACUCUGUGUUCCAGACUCCCACAUAACAAUUUGCUGCAGCUGGUCAUGUCUGGUCCUGUCCAGUCAACUCACGGUGCCCCGUACCAAUCAAACUUCUACCCCCACAUACACCCACCCCGAUCUUCCCCACUGCCCCCCCACAACACACACCCAGCCCUGUCCACACACAACACACACCCCGCUCUCUCUCCUCACGCCGCACACCCGGCCCUCUCCCCUCAUCGCCCACUGACGCCUCACGCGACGCACUCUUCUCUGUCUCCACAUGCCUUUCACCCUGCAGCCAUGACCUUUCCAUACCGGCCUAUACGCUAAAGCCAAGCCGACAGAACACAGGCUCUGCCUUAGACUGACUCUACAGUCUGUACCUGUGUUUGUGUGUCUUCACAAGUUAUAGACUAACUUACAAAGGCACACACCUACCGUGUGGAACAUGGAUUGCUUCGCAUGCGAGGGCUGGGGAGAAGGAGAGACGCGUGGUAUCCUUUUUCAUCUUUUUUUUUUUAUGGAUUCACAUUGACGGUAUAAAAGUACUCGUUCUCCAGGGGCUGACGGAAAGUUAGUAUUUCAGCCUGGGUUGGUUUUGUAUCAUCAGAUUUGAUUAAAAUCAGUUUGAAAAUACAAAAGAUGACAAAAUAUUGUAUUUCUUUAAAAAUACCCUUUUGUUGGAUUUUUCUGUGUUCUCACAAGCAAGGCAAGGAAGGGAAGAGAUAGGAAGUACUCUCGCUAGCUAGCUUUUUUGAACUCUU